AUGUUUGACUCAGGAGCCACCUACUCCUUUACUUCGAGUUUUGUGUCGAAUGGUUUGAACUUGCCUAUGUAUGCAUUUAUGCCUCCUAGGGCAGCAAAGAUUGCAACCGGAGAUUUGGUUUCCAUUUAUUUGAUGUGUAAAGAAGUCAAGUUCAGUUAUGAAGAUAAGGAAUAUGUGGUUGAUCUGAUUGUGCUUGAGGGUAUGAAUCUGCACAUCAUUCUAGGCAUAGAUUGGCUAGUCAGACAUGGAGUUAUGAUUGAUUGUUGUAGCAAGAAGAAUUAUUUCUCUACAAAGAAUGAGAAUAAGGACUCCCCAUAUUUAUUAGUGUUGCAGAUGAUUAAGGCUCUAAAUGCGGGAGAUGCAGGAUAUAUCAUGUUAGGAGGAUUGGUUGGUGUCUCUAAGGAGCCAACUUCUAGUAUCCCGAUUUUAUGUGACUUUGAUGAUGUAUUUCCAAAAGAGAUUCCACAGUUUCCACCAUAA